AUGGAUUCAUUCAACAUCGCAGAUCUCAAAGUCGAGAAGGCCAACGCGAUCCUGAGGUACCGCCGGCUUCAAAGGAUCACUUCUCUGCUCCGGUUCGUGGAACUCUGCGUGGUUCUGAUCGUAAUCUCCAAGUACUCCACUCAGUUUAGUGCCGUUUUUGGACUCUCCGGCGAGUUUUUCCGGCGACUAUCAGUGACCCUUUUCAGUCCUCGCUUCGUGUUUGUCAUCGGAAACGCCAUAGUCAUAGUUCUCUUCAUCUUAUCGGGACGCUACACAAACCAAGGUGACAGCAGAAACAGCAACAAAACAGAUCUCUACGAACAGUACGUGGAAAUCAUGGAAAAGAAUAAGAAAAAACAGAGUGUUUGCGAGGACGAUGUUUCAGCAUCAUCUAUGGCGAACACAUAUAUGUACAGUUUGGCAGAAAGGAAGAUUCACAGGACUCAUUCAGUGGAGAGUGUGAAGAGUGAGAAACCUCGCCGUGAACUUAGGCGAUCGGCGACGGAGAUGUGCAAGAAGAGUGUGAAUUCCGGCGAGAAAGUGGCCGUGGCUUCGGACGAGAUGAGCAGCGAGGAGUUCCGGCAGACGGUGGAGGCUUUCAUUGCCAGGCAACAGAAGUUUCUCAGGGAAGAAGAGUUCUCUGCUAUUGUUUCAUAG